CCAAACACUUAGUACCCAACAAAAUGAGAGACUUUUUCUGUACCAUAAACUUGGACCAAGAAGAAGUUUUUCGUACACAGGUAGUUGAAAAAUCUUUAAGCCCUUACUUUGGGGAAGAGUUUUACUUUGAGAUUCCAAGAACCUUCCAGUGGUUGUCCUUCUACAUUUAUGAUAAAAGUGUUUUACAAAAAGACCUGCGUAUAGGAAAGGUGUCAAUUAAAAAAGAAGAUUUAUGCAGCUACACCGGAAAAGAGAACUGGUUUAUGCUUCAACCUGUUGAUUCUAAUUCAGAGGUUCAGGGAAAAGUUCACCUUGAAUUAAAACUGAAUGAACUGAUAACAGAUAAUGGAUCUGUGUGCCAGCAACUAGUAGUACACAUAAAGGAGUGCCAUGGGUUGCCUCUUAUAAAUGGACAGAAUUGUGACCCUUAUGCAACAGUCUCUCUUGUGGGGCCUUCCAGGAAUGACCAAAAGAAGACCAAAGUAAAGAAGAAAACAAGCAAUCCGCAGUUUAACGAAACAUUUUAUUUUGAGGUAACCAGGUCUAGCAGUUACACCAAAAAGUCCCAGUUUCAGGUGGAAGAAGAAGAUAUUGAGAAACUAGAAGUCAGGGUUGACCUGUGGAAUAAUGGAAAUUUGGUACAAGACAUCUUUCUAGGAGAAGUUAAAGUUCCUGUGAAGGUGUUAAGGAAUGAUUCCUUUCAAGCAUGGUACUUACUUCAACCAAGAGAAAAUGGAAACAAGUCUAAAACUGAUGAUCUGGGAUCACUUAGAUUAAAUAUCUGUUAUACUGAAGACUGUGUACUUCCAUCUGAAUAUUACACUUCUCUAAGAAACUUGCUGCUAAAAUCAUCAGAUGUUCAGCCAAUUUCUGCAUCUGCUGCCUACAUACUGAGUGAAGUUUGUCGAGACAAGUAUGAUGCUGUUCUGCCUCUUGUACGAUUAUUGGUGCACCACCACAAGCUAGUUCCAUUUGUUGCUGCAGUGGCAGAACUAGAUCUGAAGGACACCCAGGAAGCAAACACAGUCUUCAGAGGCAACUCAUUAGCAACUCGGUGUGUAGAUGAAAUGAUGAAAAUAGUGGGGAAGCACUACCUAAAGGUUACUCUGAAACCUGUUAUUGAUGAGAUCUGUGAGUCUCCUAAACCCUGUGAAAUAGAUCCCAUCAAAUUAAGAGAAGGGGAUAAUGUAGAAAUUAAUAUGGAAAAUCUGCGCUAUUAUGUAGACAAAGUAUUCCGUGAAAUUGUGCAGUCAAGUAUAAGUUGUCCUACCCUAAUGUGUGAUGUUUUUUAUUCUUUGAGGCAUCUGUCUGCCAAAAGAUUUCCAAAUGACCCUCAUGUACAGUAUUCUGCAGUGAGCAGCUUUGUGUUUCUUCGUUUCUUUGCUGUAGCCGUAGUCUCACCUCAUACUUUUCAUUUACGACCUCACCAUCCAGAUGCACAGACUUCUAGAACAUUAACUCUUAUAUCAAAAGCCAUCCAGACUUUGGGAAGUUGGGGAAGUUUGUCCAAAAGCAAGCUUUCAAGUUUCAAGGAGACAUUUAUGUGUGAGUUUUUCAAAGCAUUUCAAGAAGAAAAAUUUACUGAAUCCGUUAAAAAGUUCCUAGAUGAUGUUUCCUCUACUGAAAGUAAAGAGCCCAGUGGUCUGAGCGAGCCUGUCCAUCUAAAAGAAGGAGAAAUGUACAAAAGAGCUCAGGGAAGGACUCGGAUUGGUAAAAAGAAUUUCAAAAAGCGGUGGUUCUGUCUAACAAGUAGAGAAUUCACCUACCACAAACAGCAAGAUAAAGAACCAAUUUUCACUAUUCCCAUCAAAAACAUCCUUGCAGUGGAGAAACUUGAUGAGAACUCCUUCAACAAAAAAAACAUGUUUCAGGUACUACAUGGAGAAAAGCCACUCUAUAUCCAAGCAAAUAACUGUGUAGAAGCUAGUGAGUGGAUAGAAGCUCUGUGCCGGGUAACGAGAUGCAACCAGAAGAGGCUUAGUUUUUACCACCCUUCUGCUUUUCUGAAUGGGAACUGGCUUUGCUGCAAGGCUACAAUAGAGAACACAGUGGGCUGUGCUCGUUGCACUGCGUAAGUUGCUUCUCAAAUACAAAUUGAAAUUGAUGGAGACAGAGAGACAGAGAGAAUUUACUCACUUUUUACUAUCAACAUGUCUAAACUACAGAAGUUGGAAGAGGCUUGCGGAAGUAUCGCAGUCUAUCAAGGUCCACGGAAAGAACCAGAUGAUUAUUCUAACUUCAUAAUUGAAGAUUCUCUGGCAACUUUUCAUACACUUAAACAGAUAAUAGAUAUAGUUGAAAAGCUGAAUGAAUCACAUGAAAAAUACCAGAAGAAGAGAUCAUCUAGUGCUAGAUAUGGUAGUGAAGAAAAUCCAAUUGUUGGAAAAGUUUCCUAA